AUGCGAGAAAAAGCAAGAAGAUUGCUCCAAAAGAAGAGGAACGACAACGAUUGUGUUAUAAAAGAUGGAAGUGACGAAGAGAGUGGUGAGAGUGAACAGAGAACGGAAAGGAAAUUCACUCUCUCUCCCCAAAAGGCUCAGUCAGCUGAGUUUUCGCGGUGUUGAGCGGUCGGUCGAGUUUUUCGUGGCUGGUAGGUGCUGCGACUUGUCGAUAUGGGACAUUUUCUGCAUGUAGACGUAGCUGACUUCGUUGUAACAUCAACUAUCCUAAUAAAAACGCCUUUCCAAUUUUCAGGCAAUGAAUAUUGCGGUUUUAACAUAGAAAAUGCUGGAUUUUUCGCGAAUUGUUUAUCGAUUUCAUGAUUUUUGGCUGAUAAAAGGGGCGAGACAAGUCUGCUCGGGGCAUUCUCUUGAUUCAUCGGGGUUAUCGAUCAUUGCGUGUUUAUCGAUUUUUCGUGUUGUUUCUAUCGUUAUUGUUAUUACAUUGUUCUGAUUUUAGUUCGAAUUAUCUGAUCCGAAGAUGCAAAUUUUCGUCAAGACUUUGACCGGCAAGACCAUCACCUUGGAGGUGGAGGGAAGCGACACCAUCGAGAAUGUGAAAGCCAAGAUCCAAGACAAGGAGGGCAUUCCCCCAGACCAGCAACGUCUGAUCUUCGCUGGAAAGCAACUGGAGGAUGGUCGCACCCUGUCCGACUACAACAUCCAAAAGGAGUCCACCCUCCACUUGGUCCUCCGUCUUCGUGGUGGAAUGCAAAUCUUUGUGAAGACCCUCACCGGGAAGACCAUCACCUUGGAGGUUGAGGCUUCUGAUACCAUCGAGAACGUGAAGGCCAAGAUCCAGGACAAGGAAGGAAUUCCCCCAGACCAGCAACGCUUGAUCUUCGCCGGUAAGUAUUGAUUUUUGACGUUUCUUUGUUUUUCUUUAGAUACGGGACUGUAAAGUUUUCUGAAUUAACCCUUUCAUUUCAGGCAAGCAGCUGGAGGAUGGUCGCACUUUGUCCGACUACAACAUCCAAAAGGAGUCCACCCUUCACUUGGUCCUCCGUCUCCGUGGUGGUAUGCAGAUCUUUGUGAAGACCUUGACCGGCAAGACCAUCACUCUUGAGGUCGAGGCGUCCGACACCAUCGAAAAUGUCAAGGCCAAGAUCCAGGACAAGGAAGGUAUCCCCCCAGACCAGCAACGUCUCAUCUUUGCCGGAAAACAAUUGGAAGAUGGAAGAACCCUUUCUGAUUAUAACAUCCAGAAGGAAUCCACUCUCCAUUUGGUGCUCCGGUUGAGAGGUGGAAUGCAGAUUUUCGUCAAAACUCUCACUGGCAAGACCAUCACCUUGGAGGUCGAAGCCAGCGACACCAUCGAAAAUGUCAAGGCCAAGAUCCAGGACAAGGAAGGCAUUCCCCCAGAUCAGCAGCGUUUGAUCUUUGCUGGUAAGUUUUUGAUUGUAAACUUGAUUUUAAGCUUUAGAACAUGUCUUAUUUUUGAAUUUUAGGUAAGCAGUUGGAAGAUGGUCGCACGCUGUCUGACUACAACAUCCAGAAGGAAUCAACCCUCCACUUGGUUCUCCGACUUCGUGGUGGUAUGCAGAUCUUCGUGAAGACCCUGACUGGAAAGACCAUCACUCUUGAGGUUGAAGCCAGCGACACGAUCGAGAAUGUCAAGGCAAAGAUCCAAGACAAGGAAGGAAUCCCACCAGACCAACAGAGAUUGAUCUUCGCCGGAAAACAACUCGAAGAUGGCCGUACUCUUUCCGACUACAACAUCCAGAAGGAAUCUACACUCCAUUUGGUGUUGAGGUUGAGAGGAGGAAUGCAAAUCUUCGUGAAAACGUUGACUGGAAAGACAAUCACAUUGGAAGUCGAAGCUUCGGACACGAUCGAGAACGUGAAGGCCAAGAUUCAGGACAAAGAAGGAAUCCCCCCAGAUCAGCAAAGAUUGAUCUUCGCCGGAAAACAGUUGGAAGAUGGGCGCACCCUCUCGGACUACAACAUCCAAAAGGAGUCCACCCUCCACUUGGUCCUCCGUCUUCGUGGUGGUAUGCAGAUCUUCGUUAAGACCCUCACUGGCAAGACCAUCACCUUGGAGGUCGAGGCUUCUGAUACCAUCGAGAACGUGAAGGCCAAGAUCCAGGACAAGGAAGGAAUUCCCCCAGACCAGCAACGUCUCAUCUUCGCCGGAAAACAACUUGAAGAUGGCCGCACUCUCUCUGACUACAACAUCCAGAAGGAGUCCACUCUCCAUCUGGUCCUCCGUCUUCGUGGUGGUCAAUAA